AAGUAAAGGGCAGAGAGGGGAGACUUGGCAUGUAAGGUCCCUACUGAGCAUACAAGGAAAAGAAGAGUAUGUUGCAACCUUCAAAGGAUCUGAGUUCUUCUGCUACGACUUGUCCUUGAACCCGAUUCAAAGCAGCAGUGAUGAAAUCACGUUGUCAUUCAAAACCCUACAGAGGAAUGGACUAAUGCUGCACACGGGCAAAUCUGCCGAUUACGUCAACCUGGCGCUGAAAAAUGGGGCUGUGUCACUCGUCAUUAAUUUGGGGUCUGGAGCCUUUGAAGCUCUUGUGGAGCCAGUCAAUGGGAAAUUUAAUGACAAUGAUUGGCAUGAUGUCAAAGUUACAAGGAAUCUACGUCAGGUAACCAUAUCCGUAGACGGGAUUCUGACCACUACAGGAUACACACAGGAAGACUAUACCAUGCUAGGCUCAGACGACUUUUUCUAUGUUGGAGGAAGCCCGAGUACAGCAGACCUUCCUGGAUCUCCAGUUAGCAACAACUUCAUGGGUUGCCUCAAGGAGGUUGUUUAUAAAAACAACGAUGUGAGGCUCGAGUUGUCUAGGCUGGCUAAGCAGGGUGACCCCAAGAUGAAAAUCCAUGGCACUGUGGCCUUUAAGUGUGAGAAUGUAGCCACUCUGGACCCCAUCACAUUUGAGACACCCGAGUCGUAUAUUAUUCUCAACAAAUGGAACGCCAAAAAGACGGGGUCCAUCUCCUUUGAUUUCCGCACCACUGAACCCAAUGGCCUUCUGCUUUUCAGUCAUGGCAAGCCCAAACAGCAACCAAAGGACUCCAAGACACCCCAAACUCUUAAAGUGGACUUCUUUGCCAUUGAGAUGCUGGAUGGCCAUCUGUACUUGCUGUUAGAUAUGGGCUCUGGAACUACGAAGACCAAGGCAGUCAAUAAAAAAGUCAAUGAUGGUGAAUGGUACCAUGUGGACUUCCAGCGAGAUGGAAGAUCAGGUACUAUCUCUAUCAAUACCCUUCGUACUGCUUACACAGCCCCUGGAGAAAGUGAGAUCUUGGACUUGGAUGACAAUUUGUACCUUGGGGGUCUGCCAGAGAACAAGAUGGGCCUCGUGUUCCCCACUGAGGUGUGGACAGCAUUGCUCAACUAUGGCUACGUGGGCUGCAUUCGAGAUUUAUUUAUCGAUGGACAGAGUAAGGAUGUGCGACGUCUUGCAGAGAUCCAGAAGGCUGCUGGGGUCAAACCCUCAUGCUCUAAAGAGCCUCCUAAGCAGUGCUUGAGCAACCCCUGCCAAAACAAUGGGGUCUGCAGAGAGGGCUGGAACCGCUAUGUCUGCGACUGUUCUGGAACUGGAUACUUGGGACGCUCCUGUGAAAGAGAGGCGACCAUUCUCAGUUACGACGGCAGUAAGUUUAUGAAAGUCCAGCUCCCAGUGGUGAUGCACACCGAAGCCGAAGACGUGUCUCUUCGGUUCCGCUCCCAACGGGCCUAUGGCCUGUUAAUAGCCACCACAUCCCGGGACUCUGCCGAUACCCUGCGUCUGGAGCUGGAGAGUGGUCGUGUCCGUCUUACGGUCAAUUUAGAUUGUAUCAGGAUUAACUGUACCUCCAGCAAAGGCCCAGAGACAAUUUUUGCGGGUCAGAACCUGAACGAUAAUGAGUGGCAUACCGUACGUGUGUUCAGGAGAGGCAAGAGUUUGAAACUGACGGUAGAUGAACUACCGCCUGUGGAAGGUCAAAUGGCAGGUGACCACACCCAGCUGGAAUUUCAUAACAUUGAGACGGGCAUUGUGACAGAGAAGCGCUUCAUGUCCAUGGUGCCCUCCAACUUCAUUGGCCACCUCCAAAGCCUCUCCUUCAAUGGCAUGGCUUACAUUGACCUCUGCAAAAAUGGUGACAUUGAUUAUUGUGAACUCAAUGCCAUGAUUGGCUUCAAGAACAUCAUUGCUGAUCCGGUUACCUUCAAGUCACGGUCCAGCUAUGUGACCCUCACCACUCUGCAGGCCUACUACUCCAUGCACCUUUUCUUUCAGUUUAAAACCACAUCUCCUGAUGGUCUCAUUCUCUACAACAGUGGUGAUGGAAAUGACUUCAUUGUGGUGGAACUGGUCAAAGGUUAUCUUCACUAUGUGUCUGACCUGGGGAAUGGAGCCCACCUCAUCAAAGGCAACUCAAAUAAACCCCUAAGUGACAACCAGUGGCAUAAUGUCAUCAUCUCCAGGGACACCAACAAUCUGCAUACAGUCAAGAUUGACACCAAGGUUACCACACAGACAACCUCAGGAGCCAAGAACCUUGACCUGAAGGGAAACCUUUACAUUGGUGGGGUGGCUAAGGAGAUGUAUAAGGACCUGCCCAAACUGGUGCAUGCCAAGGAGGGUUUCCAGGGUUGCCUGGCAUCGGUGGACCUGAAUGGACGCCUCCCAGACUUGAUGUCAGAUGCGCUGGACUGUGUGGGACAGAUAGAGAGAGGAUGUGAAGGCCCAAGCACUACAUGCCAAGAGGACUCAUGUGCCAACCAAGGUGUGUGCCUUCAGCAGUGGGAGGGCUUCAGCUGUGACUGCAGCAUGACAACAUUUGGAGGACCACUUUGUAAUGACGCGGGAACAACGUACAUAUUUGGCCGAGAUGGUGGACUGAUCACCUACACAUGGCCGCCAAAUGACCGACCCAGCACAAGGGCAGACCGACUCGCCAUUGGGUUCAGCACACACCUGAAGGAUGCUGUCUUGGUGAGGGUGGAUAGCUCCUCUGGACUCGGAGACUUCUUGAAGCUCCACAUUGAAAAAGGAAAUAUUGCUGUAGUAUUUAAUGUGGGAACAGAUGACAUAAACAUCGAGGAGACAUCAAAGUUUGUAAAUGAUGGAAAGUACCAUAUAGUGAAGUUUACAAGGAGUGGGGGUAAUGCCACUCUGCAGGUGGAUGACCUGCCAGUCAUUGAGCGCUACCCCACAGGCAACAUUGAUAACGAACGCCUGACGCUUGCUAGACAGCGAAUCCCAUACCGACUCGGUCGAGUAGUUGACGAAUGGCUACUCGACAAAGGGCGACAACUUACAAUCUUCAACAGCCAAACCACUAUACAAAUUGGGGGCUGGGAGCGAGAUCGGAGUCGAUCCUUUCAGGGCCAGCUCUCAGGUCUCUACUACAAUGGCCUAAAGGUGUUCAACAUGGCUGCCGAGGGUGAUCCCAAUAUAAAGAUCCAGGGCAGCGUUCGGCUUGUUGGGGAGUCUCCCUCCUCUAUCACGCCUCAGUCAAGCACCACAGCCAACCGCUCGGAAACAUCCACAUCCAUCAUGGAAAUCACCACCACCACCGCAUCUACCAGGAGAAUGAAACAGACCACACCGCGGGAACCUCAGCAGAUAACUGAAGACUUGAUGGUGGCUUCAGCGGAGUGUCCAAGUGAUGAUGAAGACAUUGAUCCCUGUGAGCCGAGCUCAGCCAGUCCCACAGGAUCUGGACCAAAGGGUUACCCAGGCACGUCAGAGGUCUUCCGGGAGUCCAGCAGCACAACAGGGAUGGUGGUUGGCAUUGUAGCAGCAGCUGCCCUGUGUAUACUCAUCCUCCUUUAUGCUAUGUACAAGUACCGUAACAGAGAUGAGGGAUCGUAUCACGUGGAUGAGAGUCGCAACUACAUCAGCAACUCAGCACAAUCCAAUGGCACAGUAGUCAAAGAGAAACCCAUCAACAACCCAAAAACCAGCAAGAACAAGAAGAACAAGGAUAAAGAGUACUACGUGUGACUUAGGACCCUUUGGUCUUUUCUAGACCGACAUCUGUCUCAAAGAUAGAUCAGGACAUAAACAUGUGUACAGGAUAAUAACAAAGAUGAACAAUAUUUAGUCAUUUUUUUCUUACAAGCUAAUGCCGUACAAAAAAACUGAAAAUAAAAAUAUACAUUUCUUUACUCUAAAGAACCCCAAACAAAAAGGACAUACUGUCCAGAGAGAGACUCAAAGGAAACAGACUGGCUGAUAUCUAAAGUGAACCAAACAAUAAUAACCCACGUUCCUGGGCCAGAGUAAUGUCACCCAUCCGUCAUGUUUCUGGGAACAGAAGAGUACAGACAUACUUUGCAGAAACUGUGCAUUUACAUUGCCUGUGGUUGUGUGGUUGACUUUUUUUUUCUAGAGCAAAUGGCACACUGCAUCAAUAAAUACAUACCAUAAAUAUGCCAAACAUUGACUCCAAAAGGGAAGGAAGGAGGAAAAGAAAUCUCAUAGUGGAAAAUUUCAGGCCAAAGCACUCACCGAAGAGGCAGUGAAGUCCGGCCAAGACUUAUUUGUUUCACUGAGCUGUUGCAGUGUAAAGAUUAGAACAGAUGGUUGUUUCUCAUGAAAUGGUCUGAUUUACAAGGACAGUUCUUUGAGAGAGAAAGAGGAGACCUUCAUGUUCCACAUUGUGUGAUCUUAAGGGGACACCGCUUCUCCUCCGAUUCCUGGGGAUCUGAGGACAGGUUACCACCUGGGAGCCAUGCACGCAAAUUAUCUUAUUACAGUACAUAUGUUUAUAAACAGUACAACCACAUCUAUAUGUGCUUUCUGGACUGUGACAAAGUGGUGUUUUAUAGCCUGUUGUAAAGAUGAUGCAAAAUAUAACUGCUCCUCAACCAUUUUGGAAUAAAAUCUAUUAAAAAACAAAAUAAAAAACAAAGAUACAUAUGUGUUAAUAGGUGUUGCUAGUCAUAGAAGAUUUUAUGAGGACAUGUUUUUCUCUCAGUUGAAUGAUAAUUUGAAAUCUCCUUGUUUUUACAUGUAUUCCUAUAUAGUUUUUAUACAAAUGCCAACCUGAGAUAGAUAAUCCUGGACCAGUAAUAGCCUAUCCAUUCCCAAAAAUCACACCAGACACCAACAGUGGAGUCUCGUGUGAAUCUCUUUCAAGGAAUCACUGCCUUUCUCCUCCAUCCUGAUUUAGAUAGGUGAAAAUGAAGAAGAAGAAUAUGAGUGGUGAUGAUUAUGAGGCUGGAUGAUGACAAAGAUUAGAAGAAAUUAAUUUGUGUGAGUGUUUUUUUCCCCCAAAGUGGUACUAAAACAGUGGAGGAUGUGCGCUUGGGCUGACCCUAAAUCCUGAGGAGAAUAGGUCAAAUAAGCCUCCAUUUCAACUGUUCUGUGUUUGUUCUGUCAUUCUGUCUGUCAAAUCUGCUUUCCAGAUCUGUACUUGGAAUGAGUAUGAGGAAAAAUGACCAUGAACUAUAAAUGAUGAUUAUGAAUUCUCUUUGUUUGCUGCUCUUUUGUUUAAUUCCAAGUCUUUUAUUUGAAAUGUAUUUCUUGUACUCCAAAGUUUAAAAGGUUUCCUCAUUAAAACUAGUCUUGGAAAAGCAAAUUACUAAAACAUUAACUAAGUGAACUUAAACUAUUAUGAUGACAAGCUCUGUAAUAUAAUUGCAGGUUUUUGUGAUUAGAUUUCCCCCAAUCUUGUAUUUUUUAUUUCAGAUCUGUUCAUGAUAUCUGAAUUUAAAUAUCUUUUCAUGACAACAUUUUCUGAUCCUCAGCUCCUUUAGUAUUGUUUACAAUCACGGUGUUGUAAAAAGGAACAGGAAUAAGCCACACAAUCACUGGAAGCUAGAUUCACCGUAUUUGCAUCCUUCAUCUGUACUUCUUCAAUAAUUGCAAAACGGCCAUCAGGAAGAUGCCCUUUUCAUGGCUGUAAUGGUAUUCUUGUCAGAUUGCUGUGCUGCUAAAUUGACUGUAGAAUUGGGAGAAAUUAUGUUUUGUUUGUAUUAUUUACUUUUACUGUUGCCUCUUGCAGAGAUCAGCAUGUAAAUGAGAACUAGUUCUCAGUCAUCUCACCUGGUUAAAUAAAUCCAAGCAAGGACCUCUGAGAGAAAUUUAGAGAAAUGUCAAAUGGUUACAAUAGACCUUAAAAUAUAAAUGUAGUGGUUGUAUAUCCUUUCUGCCAAACAGGAGUUAACCAUUUCAGUUAACAAAGACAAAACAUGUGAUAACGAUGUAUUUAGAAUAUAUUUUGUUGCAGAUUGCAACAGCAAAUUCUAUUGCUAGAGUUUUCGAAGGCUGAUCUAGUUCUAGUGGGGUUUAUUCAUUUUGUGUGUCCUGGAAGACAGUGAGAGAAGGGGAAGGCAUGCAGUAAGUGGACCGAGAUAGGAAUCAAACCAGAACAGCUGUUUAGUCUCCACAGAUGGUGUACCUGCUCUACCACUGAGCCAUGUUGCACCCCCUGUGCCUUUAAGCUCCACAGCAGCUAGAUGUUGAGAGCUAAAAAAAUAAUAAAAAUAAGCAAUGUUCCCUAUUUCA